AUGUCUCUCAAUCCAGACUUGUUUCUGUACAAUCUGACUAUCAGGCCUUCAGUGACGGCUGUGAAGUGUUGUAUAGGCAAUUUCAUCGGCAAUAGAAGACAACAAGAGGUUGUGAGGGCCACAGCCACGACUCUUGAGCUAUGGAAACUGAAUAGAAAUAAUGGUGACUUCUACAAAGUGGUGGCCCAGAACACCUUCAGCCACAUUAGAUCGGUUGAGGCGUUGAAGAGUAGUGGGUCAGAAAAAGAUCUGCUGAUUGUCACCUCGGAUAGUGGGAAUUUGACCGUAUUAGAGAUGAAUACUGAGAAAGGACGAUUCGAGAGCGUAUCCAACGAACCGUACUUCAAGACCGGAUUGCGAAGAAUCUCUCCCGGAGAAUACAUUGCUGUGGACGGGCGCGGCAGAGCCGCCAUGAUCAGCGCCAUCGAGAAGAACAAAUUCGUCUACAAGUUCACCUCAGAUCACAGAAAUAGACUCCAGGUCUCGUCUCCGUUGGAAGCGAACAAGUCCAAGGUGUUGACAUUUGGCGUUUGCGGAAUGGACGUUGGGUUUGAGAAUCCGCAGUUUGCGGCCUUGGAGUGCGAUUAUUCGGAUUAUGAGGAGAAGCUCGAUAAAAAGAUGCAUAAGACUUUAUGCUAUUACGAGCUCGACAUUGGGCUCAAUCACGUGGUGAAGAAGUACAGCGAGGAGGUCAGCUUUUCCUCUAACUUUCUGCUUCCUCUUCCAGGAGGCACUAGGGGUCCUUCAGGGGUUUUGCUGUGCUCGGAAGGAAUAAUUCAGUAUAAGUGUCUGUCCAAAAUGACGCACACUAUUCCUAUUCCGAGACGAUCACGGGACCAGAAACGUUCGCGGAUCGUCUGUGGAGUUGUGCAUACGCUGAAGAACAGCUUUUUUGCGCUCUUGCAGAGCGAGCUCGGCGACCUGUUCAAAAUCACUCUUGACUACGUUGUGCAGGACAGUGACGAGUCUCGGGGCGAGGCCGGCAUGGUGAACUCGGUAGAAAUACAGUAUUUCGACACCAUGCCCGUGUGCACGUCGCUGCUGAUUUUUAGGGCUGGAUUCCUCUACGCUAACUGCGAGUCUGGCGACCAGUAUCUCUACCAGUUCGACAAGCUGGGAGACGAAAACCAGAGGAAAUUCAGCUCCCAGGACUAUCCAGACGACAUUGCUGUUCUAGACGACGAGACAACUCUGUUUGAGCCACGGCCGUUCGAUAAUCUGAAUCUGGUGAACAUAGUGGAGAACAUCAACCCGCUGAUAGAUGCAAAAUUAUACAAUUCCAACGAGACCACCAGUUUGCCCGUGAUAUACUCUCUCUGCGGCACGGGGCCCCGUUCCGCGCUCAAGGUGCUCAACCACGAGCUGCCGUAUAGCGAGGUCGUCACGCAAGAGCUGCCGUCGGUGGUGCAAAGGGUGUUUGCUUCGAAACUCAACAGAGACGACGAGUACGACAAAUACAUUGUUCUCUCGUUCGUGGAUGGAACAUUGGUCCUGCGUAUUGGCGAGGAUGUCGAGGAAGUGGAAAAUAGCGGUCUGGUGCUCGAUACAAACACGCUGGGCGUUUUCCAGGUUGGCAGCACCUCGCUGGUCCAGGUGCAUCCAAACGGCGUGAGACAGGUGUUCUACGUGGACGAGACGCCUCAGAAAACCAUCGACUGGGCUCCUCCUGCCGGGAUCCGUGUCCUUCACUGCUCUGCAACCAAUUCGCAGCUUGCCAUCGCGCUGUCGAACCGCGAGAUCGUGUACUUCGAGCUGGACGAUCUGGAUAAAUUAAUAGAGUACAACGAGCACAAAGAGCUCGCUGCCCAGAUCACGGCGCUCACUCUGGGAGAGGUGCAGGCGGGUGCCGCCAGGUUCCCGUAUCUGCUGGUUGCCUGUCAGGAUAAAACACUGACGGUUUUUUCUACGGACCCAGAGUCCACCCUCGAAAUUAUUGGCGAAGAAAUAUUGAGCUCGGCAGCUUCUUCUCUAAUGGCGUUUUACAUGAAAGACACCGCUAUUGUGCUCAACACAGAUGCUGGCGACGACGACGACGACGAGCCCGAGCUGGCCACCUCGCUUCUCUACGUACACAUCGGCAUGGAGAGCGGUGUGUAUGCCCGGUUGCAGAUGGACUCGCAAACGGGCGAGCUGUCGAAUCCGCGAAACAAAUACACGGGUCCGCGCGCAGUGCACCUGUCCAGGCUUGAGGCCGUAGGCCAGAACGCAGUCUGCAUCUUCUCGGCCCGUAGUUAUUUGGGGUAUACUCGUCCUUCCGAGUUCAAAAUCACUCCGUUGAUGAAGCCAGUGUUCCAGCACGCGUGCUCGUUCCGAAGCGAGGACAUUCCAGAAAAUGGAGUGCUGGCUAUCUAUGGCAACAGUCUGAUGAUCAUGACCAUCGACCAGCUGGAGAACGACACCAUUAUCGAAAACAUCGCGCUCAGAAACACUCCUAAAUACAUGUGCGACUGCACGGACAAGAACGGGAUGAUGUAUGUUCUGGAGGGCGACGUUGACACGAAGCGCGACAUUGACGCGGAGCGCAUUGAGGAGUAUCAGCAGUUUGGCUACCCCAAAGCGCCCGGCGAGUGGGCCAGCUGUAUUCAGGCGGUCGUGGUGGCAGAAAAGUCUGUGUUGCAGACGAUCGAUCUGGGCGACGAGACUGCGUUCAGAGCGUGCUGGGUGAACUUUGAGAGCCGUCCAGGGGAGCCAUUUUUGGCGGUUUCAGCAGCCAAGAACCAGCAGCUGAGCCCGCCUCGCAACGACGGAACGUACAUCCAUCUCUAUCGCAUCUCCUCAAAUGGCACUCUGGAGCUGUUCCAGACGACGAAGACAGAACAUCUCUCGCUGGCUCUUGUUGCGUUCCAAGGGAAGCUGCUUGUUGGCACCAAGAAUGAGCUGAUUCUCUACGACAUCGGCCAGAAACAGCUGGUCAAACGGUCCAGCACCAGACUCGACUGUUUUGAAAUCAUCGACCUGAAAACACAGGGAUUCCGGGUCAUAGUCAGCGACGUGCGCGACAGCGUUCGGUACACCGUCUACAAGCCGCUGGAAAACUCCUUUGUCGACUUCAUCGACGACACCAUGCAGCGGCACGUGACCCGCGCCUUGCUACUCGACUACGACACGGUCGUUGUUGGCGACAAGUUCGGCAACAUUUCGAUUCUGCGGUGUCCCGAGCAGAUCUCGGAGAUGAGCGACGAGGACAACCACGGCUUUUUGGUGAAGAUGCGCAGGACAAAGCUCGACAAUCCUGUGAACUACUACGUUGGAGACAUGCCGACGUUUUUCCAGAAAGGCUCGCUCACCAUUGGAGGCGCCGAGUCCAUCGUUUACGGCUGUCUGCAGGGACAGAUGGGGUGUCUGUAUCCGAUGAAGAGCCUGUCCGAAAUCAAUUUCUUCAAAGAGUUGCAGAAGCUGAUCAUACACGAGUUCACGUCUUUGACAGACCGCGAGUAUCUGAAAUUCAAAGGCUACUACAACCCGCCGAAAAACAGCAUCGACGGAGACCUGGUCGAGGAAUAUUAUCGCCUCGGGCCCGACAAACGGAUCCGCAUAGCAACCAAGAUGGACAGGCUGCCGCGGGACAUCGAUCGCCGCAUAAGCGACAUGCGAUCGCGGAUCGUGUACUGA